GCGUGGAGGCGGCGGGACCCGGCGGGGAAAGAGGGUCUGGGAGCGGGCCACCGGACCCCAACAGGAGGCCACGGCCGGGGGUGGUGAGGUCCUCCUCGCCAAGGCCUCGGCGGCGCGAUGGAGUAAAGGAAGUCGAGUGCGAGGUGUGAAGUCUGCUCCAGUCACUAUGGUACGAGAACGAAAAUGUAUAUUGUGUGAUACUGUAUACAGCUCAAAAAAGGAGAUGGAUGAACAUGUACGGAGCAUGCUGCAUCACAGAGAACUUGAAAACCUGAAGGGAAGGGACAGUAACCAUGAAUGCCGCGUGUGCCGGGUGACCGUAGUAGGCUUGUCAGCUUAUGCAAAACACAUUUCCAGCCAGUUACACAAGGAUAAUGUCGAUGCCCAGGAAAGAGAAGAAGAUGGAAAAGAAGAAGAGGUGGAAGAAGAAUACUUUGACAAGGAACUUGUUCAGCUAAUAAAACAAAGGAAUGAACAAAGCAGACAAGAUGAAGCAUCUGUUACUGGCCAAGAAAUAAACUCUGAUGACAGACGACAGUGGCGAAGAGAAGACCGAGGAGCUUACCAAGAGAGAGACACUUAUGAUCAGCUAUCUUGGCACCAUCGUGCACCACUUCAGCGGGAUUGGAAGUGGGAAAAGGAUGGCUUUAAUGGUGGUCGGAAAAAUAACUUUCCACAUUCCUUGAGGAAUGGUGGUGGACCAAGAGGACGUUCUGGGUGGCACAAGGGUGGUCCAGGAGGAUCUUCAAAUUGGUAUCACAACCACAGUAAUUCUGGAGGUGGUUGGCAUCCAAAUAAUGGAGCAGUAGAUUGGCAUCAUGGUGGUACAGGAAGGAAUUCUAACUGGCAUUCUGAAGGACCAGGUGGUUUUUGGCACAUGAACAGCGGUAGUGGAAACUGGCAAUCCAAGGCACGUAGUACAAAUAAUUGGAAUUAUAGUGGCCCUGGAGACAUAUUUCAGCCUGGAAGAAACAGGAAUUCUAAUUGCCAAAUUGAUGACAUGACCAUGCUAUGGAACAAGAAAUCUAAUAAAUUAAAUAAAUAUAAUCAAGAAAGAUAUAUUUGGCAAAGGCAAGAGAAUAGAGGUCCCACAGAAGAUAAUAGUGAUUACCUAUUGGAUUUUACAAGUGAUAAGCUUCCUUCAGAGGGCUUACUUGACUUCAGCAGUUCUGAGCAGCCUGAAAGCCAAACCUCUAAACAUGCAGAAAUUAUAGCUUCUAAAGUAAGUGGAAAGAGCGGUAAUGUAUCAAAGGAUAAAAUUCAUCGCUGGACUCCUUACCCAUCCCAGAAAAUCACAGAGCCACAACCAGGGUUGAAAGAAGUUCCUGCUAAAAAGUCAGAAGUGGUAGAUGAACCUCCUUUCCUUUUUCACCUAAUAACUGCAUGUGGGAAAGGUCUCAAGACUAAUAGUGCAGAUAAUUCCACAAAGCUGAAAACACAUAAAGAAACUCAAUCAGGAUCAUUGGAUCCCAAGGUCGCUUCUGAUCACAAUGUUUCCAGUGAGGCAGUGACCACUUGCACAUCUAGAGUAAUACCUGAACAAGAGAACAGCUCACAUAAAAUGCCAUCACUGAAGACUCCACCCCUUCCAAUCCCAAACACUAGAUCAUUGUCUCAAAAACAAGAUUCAAAGAACCUUUUGAAAAACACAAAACCUUUGUCUUCAGCCCCUGGAGAAUGUCAGAAUCACUCAAAUACACUUAGCUCGGAAGAGAACCAGAAUUCCUCCUAUGUAUCUAAAUUGCGUAGUUCAUGUUCUCGUGUCUCAAAAGGAAAUAAAACUGUGCUUGAUGGCACUCAGAAGGAGCCUGUUGACAAUUUAAGUGAAGUCUUGCGAAAAGCCAAGGAGGUGCUAAAAUGUAGUCAGUCCCUGCAAAAUCCCCUACUGAGCAGUGCCAAAAGUACCAGGAGCUGUGCAUCAGAAAGUAAAAAUGGAGAAGAGUCUGUGAAAGGCUCUUUGAACACUGAGCUUCAAGAACCUGCACCAAAAGAUGGAGGUGAUACAGAACUAUUGGACCUUGAAAAACACAGUACAAAAGUCGAAGAUGUUGGUCCGGUAUUUUCCAAAGGUUCACCUUGUGGCACUUUAGAAUGUGAACGUGCUGCUACUGAGAAAGAGAGCGAUGACAAAAUUAUGAAAACAACUGGAAAAUGCUCCAUUAAUUCAGAUGGCCCCACAGCUCACCAAAAAGAAUCAGAAUUUCAAAUGGAUUCUGUAGCAUCUGCAGCUAGUCCUCAAUCUGGCUUACUGCUAGACUUGAAACCAUCACUAGAAGACAUCCAGGUUGAAGAUCCUAAGUCAAGUGUGCCUUUCGAAACAGAAAGCUUUGAGAGCAAUAACUUGGAUGUUGACCUCCAAAAAGGAGGUGCAGGUCAACCUUCAGGCUCUCUCCUGCCUGAACUAAGCAAACUUGGUUUUCCUGCCUCUCUCCAGCGAGAUCUAACACGGCACAUCAGUUUGAAGAGCAAACCUGGAGCUCAUCUUCCUGAGCCCAAUCUCAAUAAUGCACGCCGCAUUCGGAAUGUUAGUGGGCAUCGAAAGAGUGAGACAGAGAAGGAGUCAGGGCUCAAACCAACCCUGCGACAAAUUCUGAAUGCUUCUCGAAGAAAUGUCAACUGGGAGCAGGUCAUUCAGCAGGUAACCAAGAAGAAGCAGGAGCUGGGCAAAGGUUUACCCAGGUUUGGCAUAGAGAUGGUGCCCCUAGUUCAGAAUGAGCAGGAGGUGUUGGAUUUGGAUGAGGAACCUGACCUGUCCAGUCUAGAAGGUUUCCAGUGGGAAGGUAUUUCCAUCGCUACAUCACCUGCACUGGUGAGGAAACGCAGUCUUUCUGAGAGCAGUGUGAUCAUGGACAGGACUCCUUCCAUGUACAGCUUCUUCACUGAGCAGGCUUUAGGAAAGGAGAAUGAACCUCAGCAGGCUGUUCCACCUGGUAAUUCAUUGCAGACAGUCCAAGGUCAAAAAGCAAACGUGAACCUUAAACAGGACAUGACACCUCUGGCUUCUUCCUCAAGGACAGGUGAAAGGGUUGAAAGUGUUGUGACUCGAAGGCGGCACAGUGCCCAGUUGCCUCCUGACCGAAUGAUACCCUUGGUGCGUUCUGCCAGACAAGAAGAACCGAACAGGCAGGAGAGCUCGACACCCCUUUCUGAGAACCAGAACGCUCAGGAAAGUAACGGAGAAGGGAACUCGUUAUCAUCUAAUGUCUCCUCAGGCUUUGGCAUCUCUAGUUUAGUGGAUGCUGCUACAGACAGCAGCUGCACCUCUGGGGCAGAGCAGAACGACGGCCAGGGCGUGCGGAAGAAGCGAAGGGCCACUGGAGAUGGAUCUUCCCCUGAGCUUCCAAGUUUGGAAAGAAAGAAUAAAAGAAGGAAAAUUAAAGGCAAAAAAGAACGUUCUCAGGUUGACCAACUGCUGAAUAUUUCUCUAAGGGAGGAGGAGCUGAGUAAAUCCCUGCAGUGUAUGGACAACAACCUUUUGCAGGCCCGGGCAGCCCUGCAGGCAGCAUAUGUGGAAGUCCAGAGGCUACUUGUGCUGAAGCAACAGAUAACUAUGGAGAUGAGUGCCCUAAGGACCCACCGAAUACAGAUUCUACAAGGAUUACAAGAAACUUAUGAACCUCCUGAGCGAACAGAACAGGUCCCCUGCAGUCCUUCCCGUGAGCGAAAGUGCAGAUCCCAGACAGCUGCUGAUCCCCCUCCUCUGCCUAGUCCCUUUUUUCCUCUUUUUCUUGAGACUUCCCCUUCACAUAUAACACCAUCUGCCUCUGGAGUGCCACUUCGAGUGUGCACACCACCUGCAUUCCAGGCUCCUGGGAGUAUCAUAUGCCCAGCACCAGACUCAUCAGUGCAGAUUAAACAAGAGCCCAUGUCUCCUGAGCAAGAAAAUGUGAAUGCUGUGCUACAGGAUUCUGCCUGCAGUGCUUCCGAGGAAUUGCUACAAACGAAUAGAGAGAUCAGUGGCAACUAUUCGUUGUACCCAGUCAUCACUGGGACAUUUUCCCUGUCCCACUUAACGGAGAGUUUCCAGAAUGCAAGCCAAGAACUGAAGUCAUCCCUGGAACAAGGUGGUACCAGAAGAGUAGAACAAUCUGCUUCCCAAUUAAUUGGUCCUCUUAUCAUAAAGAAAGAGGGGGAGGUGUCAACCAAAAGUAGCACCGUUGUUGAGCCCUGUAGCAGCUCCUUUUUGAGCCUGACCUUUCCUUCACAAACUCCUUUGGAGAAGGAGCCCCCACUGUUGGCUGAACAGCCAGCAGAAUCCACUCUGACUUCAGCUGAAAGCAAGGGAAAUAAGAAAAAAAAGAAGCUCAGGAAGAAGAAAACUCUGAGAGCAACCCAUGUGCCUGAGAACAGUGACACAGAGCAGGAUGUCUUUACUGCCAAACCUGUAAGGAAAAUCAGGGCUGGAAAGAUGACUAAAGGAGGAAAAGUGACAACAUCUACGUCCUUGGGACAGGAAGACGGGAGAACCGGUCAGGAGCAAGACAGAGUUAAGGAUGAGCCUGACAGUGACUCUUCCCUGGAAGUUCUUGAGAUUCCUAACCCUCAGUUAGAAGUGGUAGCCAUUGAAUCAUCCGAGUCUGGAGAGGAGAAACCAGAUAGUCCUUGUAAGGAUGAUACCUGGAACUCUACAGAGCAAUCCCUGCUGGAAACAUCUCGUUCUGGGUGUGAUGAAGUAAGCUCCACUAGUGAAAUUGGAACACAUUAUAAGGAUGGCAUCCCUAGAAGUGUGGCUGAAACUCAGACUUCCAUCUCCUCGAUAAAGGGGUCAAAGAAUUCUUCAGAAAUCUCUUCAGAGCCCGGAGAUGAUGAAGAACCCACCGAAGGAAGUUUUGAGGGACAUCAAGCUGCAGUGAAUGCUAUUCAGAUUUUUGGGAACUUAUUGUAUACCUGUUCAGCUGAUAAAACAGUUAGAGCCUAUAACUUGGUGACUAGGAAAUGUGUGGGUGUUUUUGAGGGACACACCUCCAAAGUGAACUGCCUUGUGAUUACUCAGACCAAUGGAAAGAAUUCAGCCUUGUAUACUGGUUCCAGUGAUCAUACCAUCCACUGCUACAAUGUCAAGACUAGAGUGUGUUUGGAGAAGUUACAACUGGAAGACCGUGUACUCUGUCUUCAUAAUCGAUGGAGAAUCCUCUAUGCAGGGUUGGCGAAUGGCACUGUAGUCACCUUUAGCUUAAAGACCAACAAGCAGCUUGAUAUCUUUGAGUGCCAUGGUCCUCGGGCUGUUAGCUGCCUGGCUACAGCUCAGGAAGGUGCCCGCAGACUUCUGGUGGUGGGAUCCUAUGAUUGUACCAUCAGCGUUCGAGAUGCUCGCAAUGGAUUGCUCCUCCGCACACUGGAGGGCCACAGCAAAACCAUUCUCUGCAUGAAGGUGGUGAAUGACCUUGUGUUCAGUGGCUCCAGUGACCAGUCUGUCCAUGCCCACAACAUUCAUACUGGUGAGCUGGUACGAAUCUAUAAAGGUCACAACCAUGCAGUGACUGUGGUGAACAUUCUGGGGAAGGUCAUGGUGACUGCCUGCCUGGAUAAGUUUGUUCGUGUCUAUGAAUUACAGUCUCAUGACCGUUUGCAAGUGUAUGGAGGACACAAGGAUAUGAUAAUGUGUAUGACUAUUCAUAAGAGUAUGAUUUAUACUGGCUGUUAUGAUGGUAGCAUCCAGGCCGUAAAGCUAAAUCUAAUGCAGAAUUUUCGCUGUUGGUGGCACGGCUGCUCAUUGAUAUUUGGAGUUGUGGAUCACCUCAAACAACACUUGCUAACCGACCACACCAACCCAAACUUUCAGACUUUGAAAUGUCGUUGGAAGAAUUGUGAUGCGUUCUUUACUGCUAGGAAAGGAUCCAAGCAGGAUGCAGCAGGUCAUAUUGAACGACACGCCGAAGAUGACAGCAAAAUUGAUUCAUGAAGUUUUUGCCUCCCACGUUGGGAAGUUGUUUAGACCUGUUAUUGCCCAUAUCAACCCUCUGUGUGUACUGCUCCUUCUAGCCUUCUUCUCUUUUUCAUCUCCCUCCCCUUCUCCUUCCCUAACACCCCCCCCCCUUUAAAAAAAGGCAGGAAAGGGAAUAUGAUUAUUCUGUCUACCUGUACAACUCUGGGAAUAUGGGUUAACCCUUUGAGGUCAAGCUGGAGGCUUGUUAUUUAAUGAGGUGUAACAAAUGUUAAGAACAUGCCCCUGGGGAUGAUGUAGUGCAGAUACACAAUGCCCUUCUGUAAGGGCAACAUGAUCUGUGUCCAUUAAUGUGCUCCAGGUGUUUUAAUAGAUACAGAAUCUUUAUCAGUCACAUUCUUGGCAGAUAAUUUUUUUAGAAAUUUAAACUAAAGUGGUUUAAAUACCAAACCAGAAUAUCUGAUUGUUAGAUGCAGUCAGAUUCUGCAUUUCCAAGAUUAAGUUUUAAUUUCCUUUCUACAAGUUACUGCCAGGUAUUUUCACGGUAAAUUGGAGGUAAAUCAUUUGCUUUCUUAAUGUAAUGUACUAUUUAAGUGUUGAUAUUAUUCCUUUAAAAUUGGAUGAAGUUUGUGAUAAGUGGCAAAGGAUGCAGUCCUUUAAGGAGGUAGAAUGGCUGUUCUGCAAACGACUGCACUUCAGGUGACCUGGGGCAUAGCAGCUCAACCCUGUUCAUUCAGCAGAAACAUACUGAUUCCUACCCAACUACUUCUUAGUAGGACUCUCUCUGCAAAUAUGAAUAACACUGGUCUUUACUAUUGAACUGGAGUAUGUAAUACAAAUGUAAUCUAGUAACAGACAUAAUAGAGGGGAUGCCUUCAUUUUGUUUUCUGGCUUCUGAUUCUUAAGUUUUUGGGGUCUAAAAUCUUAAGGUUUGAUCCAAAGCUGACUUCCUUCUCCCAUCCCCCACCCCUCAAACCAGGUUAGGUUGACCUGACCUUGGAACACAGUAAUUUUUCACCUGGACUCAUAUAAACAAUGCUCCUAUCUCCUCCGUCCAAGAUUCAACCGUACCUUAUGAUGACUAUGUGGAGUUAGAGGGGAACACCUGAACCUACUUGUAGAAAACCAAGUGGAUUUCUUCUUUGAAAAUCCAGUAUCUUUUCCUUUCUACCUCACCAGUGAGAGGAAUAGUACUGUCUUGGCCUCCUGUUGAAGGGAACAUUCUUCUCAUUCUUUUUGAGAGCAACCAUAAGAAAAAAGUCUUGUUAGGCAUUUAACUGAGACUGAUUUUUCGGGGGGGAGGGGGGAAUUUAUUCUAGGCCAUUUAGAAGUGAAACUGGAAGGUGUUUCAUGAUUUUUCUAGCACUGAAAUGUUGCCUAGAGAUCGAUAGAAAGGGAGGAAAAGAACCAAUAUAGCUUCAUGAUGUGAAUGUCUCAAGAGUCUGAGAGAUGCAGGUUUUCCCUUAGUAUGUCUACUCACAUAUCCUCCCUUCAGCUUUAGGAUGUAUUAAGGAUUUGGGGUUUACAAAUGGCUCUACAAAUUCCUUCCUUUUCUGUCCCUAGGAGGAAGAAACCCAUUUUUUAACUGAAUUGUUAUGUUCAGGAAGAAGAAAGAUUCUAUUGUGUGAGGUUCAUGUGUCUUUGUCAUUUUCAAGUGGCAUUUUUAAAAAGUUUUUCUCAUUUCAUAUCUCUGCUUCCUUUAAAGGUUGAGAGUUGUGAUUAGAGAACUCAGGCCAGCCUGUGGGUAUAAUGGGAAUGUACCUCUCAGGGGAAUUCAUUUGGGUCUGCUCUGGUGGGGCUAGGUGUUCUUUUAUUAGGCCAUCUGUGGGCUGAGCAUUUAGAACCAAAGCCACAAUCCAGAGCACUACCAGACUUGCCCAUGUGGUAAGCCAGAUAAUCCGUUAAUCAGUAGUCCUUAAAUACUUGUUUCCAUUGGUUAGCCCUCUUUGAAACAGAAGGGAAAGUGACCUGGGAAAAGUCUGAAAGAUCAAGGCUUGGCAGCCCUACAAGUAAUUACUUUCAAAAGCCCUAAUACCACAGGAAGUGGCAUGGGAUGUUCUUUGGGAAGUCUGAGGAUAUUGACAGGAAGUGAUGGAGUCUUUUAAGAGAUGAGGUAGCUGAAGUGAAGGAGGAUAUGCAGUGUGUCUGCCUUCCUGUGCUGGUGUGUAUAUGUGUGUGUACCUUUGACGGUUUGCCACAUCUCCCAGAUUUCUUUGGAAGAACUCUGAAAACAUUUCUAUUGUAAGAACAUGUGGAAGUCUCAUUCACAAGCUAACAGAUGCACUUUUUAGAAAUGAAAAUCUUACAGGUGUGAGUUCUAGCUUGGAAUUGAGGGAGUAACCGCUUAUAUAGCCUUUUUUUGUAAAGUGUUUUAAGAGGCAGGUGCAGACCCUUAGGGCUUUUUUGUUUGUUUAUAUUUUGUUUGUUUUAAUCUUCGAGAGUGUCAGGGCUGACCCUAGCUUUUGGUCUUAUCUCACAGAGAAACAUUGAGCAAAGAUUGUUGCUUGUAUGUUGGCAGUGGUAUGGAGAAUCUAAUCAGUGGUAGGUAAGACAGAAGAUAAGACCACAAUAGGCUCUCAUUGGAAGUUGAGGUUGCAUUACAGAAACCGUUUCUAUGAUGCUACUUUUGAUUGGCUAUGACUAAUUUGGAGGCCAGAGCCCCAGGGAACUGCUGUGUGUGUGUGUGUGUGUGUGUGUGUGUGUGUGUGGUUUAAAAUGAUGUUUGUGUUACUGCAGCCCCACUUAGAGUUUCAGGCUAGGAUUUAGGCAGGUUCAAAGGAACACACUUAAGCCAAGCAAAUCACAGUGAGGUAGGUACAAAAACAGGGUGAUAUUUAGAUCUGUGAGAUUACUUGAACCUGAAUAAGGUCAGUAGCACAUCCCUGCCUUUGCGUAAAGAGAAGAUUCUUCUGCAGGGACAGCUAUGAUCCACUCCUUAGACCUGGAUCAUGGCAGGCUGUUGCGUUUUGCUCUAGACGACCUGUAACUUGUGUGCAGAGAACUUGCUGUGUGAGUUACUGUAAUCCUAAUGAGUGAUGUUUUUGUCAGUUAUGCCAUAAAUCUUCAGUAACUGGAUAUGAAUGCGUUUGAAGUCAGUUUUGCUUUAGGGGGACAGCGUAACCAAUAUAGAGGAGGAAAUUAUUGAUAGGCAGGAGCCCAAGGUGGAGAGGAGGGGCAUAUCUUCAAGUGAGACAGAAGCAGGGAGUGCAAGCUCUUGACUUGCUUAAAUAGUUUGGCUUAAAGUCUCUAGCCUUUUAACCAUACUCUAAUAGUUUAGCAGCCCCUGAGGUUUUUAGGAAAGCACCAUUUACAAGUACCUGACUCUGCAAAAUAAUGAUCUUAUUUGUGCCACUGAUACAUCCCCUACUCCCACCUCUAUUCCUCAGGGUCUGAAGAGAAGCAACUUACCUCAUUUGCUUCUUCCUCCUGUCCCACAGGCUUAGGACAGUGAGAAUUUAUUUGUACAACUGCCCUUGUGGGUUGUGGCGAGGUCCCCACCUCCAGCUUGCCUUCUCCUGACCAGUGAUGCUGGUUUAGCAAAUAGUAAGUAGAAGCUAUCCUUGGAGUAGUGAUAGGGUCUUGACUGAGUUUCAUGUACAAAUGUGUCUAAGAUAUCCCUUAUCAAAAACAGAACUACGACUUUAACAAACUUCCCCAAUAUAUAAGGUCUUUGUAUCACAUGGCAAUCGUCAGACUUUUGAAACUUUCCAAGAUGUACCAGGUAUCCCGAAAGUCUUAGCUAAGGCUUUAAACUGCACUAAGACUUUUGGGACACCUUGUGGAUUAUACUGUGUCCUAGGUAACAGUCCAAAUGAUGUUGGAAAAAAAACCUUUUUUUCCCUCUUAGUUAUGCAUACACCAGAGCUAUUUCAGUGUUCUUGGUUUUAGAAGUUUUUAACACAGUAUGUGGAUUUAGAAGAAUGAAAAUGGGUGAGACAGUUCCGAAGUAUUUAUUAAGCAAAUACCUUGGCCCCCUUUCAUUUUGGUACAAAGCUGUGAACUACAUGAAACUUUGUAAAGGAAGAAGUACAGCAAAUAUUGAGAGGAAAAUAAAACUUAAAUACUUUUAA